AUGCUAGUGCGCUUCAUCCAAAAACUUUGUUACUUCUUUGGUGGAGGCUUCCACGAUCAGAUUGUGGCCGAGUUCCCUGUGAUUAAAAGUAUUUUUGGAGAAGUUCGACCUCAACACAAUAACGUAACACUAACGAGUAUGGCUAUCGGUAGUAUGCCAAAUCCAGGAUUAUUCUUUGUCCGUGGCGACUAUAUUACAAACUACAAUGAGGUUUCUAACAGCCGAAGUUAUUUUAAGUUAUUUCAUAAAUUGCGCCAAUAUAAAUUUAUGACGUUCUUAAACUUUCUAUUUAAUUUACUAUUCAAGGUUUGGCAAGCUGUACCACGCUCACAGCAGUGUCGUAGUGGAAUUCGACCUGUUGUAAAUAUGGAGCAGUGCAAAGAAUGGGUUCGAGUGCUUAAGUGGCCAGGUGACGUGCGAUCGAGUGGUUGCUCAAGCGAAGCUUUAGCUGAUUGCCAAUUUCUUCGUGCGACAUUUCCGAAGCGAAACGAGGACGAGGACGAACCAACUUAUGAGCUGUUUUCGAUCAUCUCACGUUUGAUGCAGCGCUCAAGUUCGAGAAUUUACUUCGGCUCUGUGUUCACGACAAGACGUGGUCUUCCCCCAGAAGUUAGUGUCAAAGAUGUCGGGUCCUUUCGCGCUGACUAUGCAGCUAAGGCAUUGGUUUCCCGGGGAUGCACUGUAUCCGACCAACUUUUAUUGGACGAAUGUAAGAGGGGAGCCGAUGGUGAGCUGAUAGACAGCCACCUCUUUUUUGAACGCGUUCGCUGGUGUAUGAAAGAAUGCAGUCGCGCUUGCGAGGAAGCGCUAGAGAAUUUGUUAUGUGCUGUAGAUGAACGAAGAACGGUGGAAUUACUGCGAGCCUUUCAUCAGAUGUACACGGUUCGUGUUCAUGCAAUAAAACGAUGCCAACGCGGGGAUGUUCGUGAUUUGAGGAAGUCAUUGCCGCGAAACUGUGUCCUUGUAAGAAAGGUGAUGGUGACACCGCUCAAAACACUAUUUAUGGCUCCAGAAGUGAUGAUGACGAAUCGUGUAGUGCGUCGUUUCGGCGAGGAAAACGCUCUGCGCUGUGUCUUUCGUGAUGAUUCUGGUGCUAAACUCAUUGUCAAGGAUUUCGUUCAAGGCCCAUGUUAUGACCAGCAAUCUUCCAUUGUGGCCAAUAUUGUGCAAAAAACUCUUUCACAUGGUCUGCAAAUUAACAAUCGUCAUUAUCACUUUCUGGCGUGGAGUAAUUCACAGAUGCGUGACCACGGCUGUUAUAUGUAUGCACCGACGUUGGAUUGUCGAACAGGUGAUGUGUCCAUGACUGUUGAGGACAUGCGAAAGUGGAUGGGCGACUUCAGUGGUACCAAGAACGUCCCGAAAUUGAUGAGUAGAAUGGGUCAAUGUUUUACGCAAGCUCAACCUACGGUGACGAUUUUACCGAGUGAAUGCUCCGUGCAAGACGACGUUGAAGGAGGAGCUGGCCAUCCCGAAACUGGUGAAUCUUAUUGCUUUUCGGAUGGAUGUGGUCGAGUUGCUCCAUCCCUUGCUCGGCGUAUUGCAUUAGCUCUACAGUUAGACAUUAUUCCCAGUUGCUACCAGGUUCGUUUCAAAGGUUUCAAAGGCGUGCUAGCAAUUGACCCGUCUCUUGAUUUAGUGACAAAUGGCCCAAAAAUUGUCUUUAGAAAAAGUCAAAUGAAAUUUAAAGAAAGGUGUGAUGAACAAGAGAACAAUAUUCUCGAGGUUGUCAAGUACUCCAUGCCUUCCGCGGUGUGCCUCAACCGCCCACUCAUCACAAUUUUGGACCAGGUGACAGAGAAGCAAUCUAAAUGCCUCCAUAAAAAGCUAUGCGCUAAGGUUCAUUAUUACCUCGAAACAGAAUUGUCUGUAGUAUUUAUGUUCUUUUAUCCUAUGCUUCUGGAUGAUUCCGUUGCCGCCGACGAACUCACUCUCCGCCUAAAUCUACCUAUUAAUUUUGUUCGCCUCAGAGAGUGCGGUAUUUGCAUCACAAAUGAACCAUUCUUACGACGAAUUCUGGUCUCUGUUUAUCGAUACAAUAUUAACAACCAUCUAAACUGGUCUGUUACAAUACGGACAGGUGUUCAUUCAAUAUUCUGUAUCUGUCAGGAAGGUCCAGUUAUGAUCACAAAGAACCCAUGUCAUGUGGCUGGAGAUGUUAGGAUGUUCACAGCUGUCUAUCAACCAGCUCUAGCUCACCUAUUCGACGUCGUCGUUUUCCCAAGACAUGGUCCUCGACCUCAUCCUGAUGAAAUGGCCGGAAGUGAUCUAGAUGGCGAUGAAUAUUCGGUAAUAUUUGACCCGGACAUUCACUUCGAUCACAACGAAGAAGCAAUGACGUUUCCAAAGAGUUCUCCUGACGACUUUGACACGACCGAUGACAUGGUGGAUUUCUUCCUUAAAUAUCUAAGACAGGAUUCCAUCGGUAGGAUGAGUAAUGCUCACCUCAUUAUGGCUGAUCGAAAAGGAUUAUUUGACGAGGUCUGUAAUGAAAUUGCUCGUAAAUGCGCCAUUGCGGUGGAUUUCCCGAAAAGUGGUGAACCAGCUGAACCUCUGACUGUCCAUGAACAAAGCGAUGUCGUGCCAGAUUACAUGUUUUCUGUUGUCAAACCAAUGUAUCGAAGUCGCCGACUUAAUGGACAGUUGUACAGAAAGGCGAAGAAAGUGGAAGAAGUUCUGGAUGUAUGUGAGCUCUCGACGAGUGUUUUUGAGCAUGAUGUAUUAUGCCCAUCUGGUUUUGAUCCAUUCGGAGGUAACGACUCGGAACGUGCAAACGUACGUCGCAUACGAAACGAGUAUGCUGCUAGAAUCCAGCAAUUGCUUGAUGAAUAUGGCGUGUGCGACGAGGCAUCAAUUGUCUCUGGUCAUAUUGUGAGCUUAAAAAGGCUAGCGACCAUGGAGAAGGAUGACUACUCAUUUUACCAUACGGAUAAGAUUGUUGAACUUCGCUACACCAAAAUAUAUCAUCAGUAUCGUGCAUAUUUUUUUGAGGAAUUUGGAGGAGAAUCGGCAGUUUAUCAGCGUGAUCCGUCCGGUAAAUAUAGUCUACGUUGUGAUAAAAAUAUGGAAAUGAAGGCACUACAGUGGUUUGUUCAUUUUGAAGAAAAAGUGGUACAAACUUUGAUUCUGUUUUAUAUUUUGAGCAGUAAUAAAAAUAGGUCUGCCAAGGUCCUCACUGUUUCGAGUCAAUUCUUUAAAUAUCUUUUCCCAAUAUUAACAUUUUCUCUACUGUCUACUUUAGCGUUCCGAACCUACCAUCAUAUCGCAGUGUCAGGUCGCUUCGACUCUAUGUAUGUCGGAGAAGUUAUUCAAGAUUGGAGCGAGAGCGAAUCAAGGGAUCCUAUUAUUGUAUCGAGCAGCCUGUUCCGACAGAGCUAUGGUGAAAGUCCACUAUCAGCACACAGAAUUCUUGAUUUGCUUCGGGAAUGGACAGGUGUGUCACAAAUUCUCACACGCAACAUGUAUCAGAAUCGUCGUAACGAUGUGAUUCUGAUUACGAGCGUCGGUACAGCAACUGCUCGACAGCGUCUCUCACGUCUUCUUCUACUUCCGAUAGAUCAACUUCGACGUGCCAUACGCGAUGAAAUCAUGCCGCUAACUGUGAGAGAUGAGACACUUUAA